GGAUCCUCUCCAUUCCCCAUCCUCGGGCGUGCUAUUCCACCCUCGCGACAUGGCCCUUCUUUACACCUUGGCUUCAUAUCUAUUCUUUUGCUCGGCUCUCGUCCCUCUUUUCUCCGCGGCAAGCCACACCACCACCACCGGCCACUCGCCACCCCAUCUCUCCAAGAAGAACAAGAACCAGAUCGAUGCUUGUUGGCGUUCCAAUCCGGGAUGGGCAUCCAACCGUAAACGCUUGGCCGACUGCGCUGUGGGCUUCGGCAAGGGUGCGUUGGGAGGAAAAAAUGGAGCAAUCUAUACGGUCACCGACCCCUCCGACGAUGCCGAGAACCCGAAGCCGGGCACCCUCCGCUACGGUGCCAUCCUGACGAAGCCUCUGUGGAUAGUCUUUAAGAAGGACAUGGUCAUUAAACUUGAGAACGAGCUCUUCAUGAACAGCUUCAAGACUAUCGACGGGAGGGGGGCCAAGGUGGCGAUCGCGAAGGGGCCAUGCAUCAGGAUACAUGAAGCGAACCAUGUCAUAAUCCACGGGCUACGCAUCCAUCACUGCACUCGUGGGAAGCCGGGCAUGGUCCGUAGGUCCCCGACGCAUGUGGAGCACCGGGGAGGCCAGGAUGGGGAUGCCAUCACCAUAUUUGCUUCGUCGCACGUGUGGAUCGACCACUGCAAGCUGUCUCAUUCCACGGAUGGACUCAUCGAUGUAGUUCAUGGUUCUACUGCAGUCACCAUCUCCAACAACUUCUUCUCAGAUCAUAAUAAAGUGUUGUUGCUUGGGCAUCAGGACGGGUUUGAUGCGGACAAGGUGAUGAAGGUGACGGUAGUCUUCAACCGUUUUGGACCGCACUUGGUCCAGAGGAUGCCGAGGGUCAGGACAGGAUAUGCUCAUAUAGCGAACAACAGAUACGACGGAUGGGGGAUAUAUGCUGUAGGAGGGAGUUCCAAUCCCACCAUCCUUAGCGAGGGAAACUACUACCGUGCUCCGGAUAAUCCCAAGCUCAAGGAACCUAUUUUAGGUCACUCGGCGGGUGAAAGGUGGAUCGAAGAAAUGGAAUUGGAGAUCUUCAAAAGAUUAUUUCUUAAAUGGUGCAUACUUUGUUCAAUCAGGAUCAGGGAGUUCUGCUCCAGGUUAUUCUCCAUCACAAAAGUUUAAGGUUGCCAAGGGAUCAACGGUGCCAUCAUUGACUGCAGAUUCUGGCACACUCAGUUGUUUUGUUGGAAAACCAUGUAUCUAGUAAUCCUUGUUGUCCAAUAAGCCCAUAUAUGCAUACUGCACGUUCUUGUAAAUGAACAAUCGUAGAUCAAUAGGAAAAGCUAGGUCUCAUUGUGAUCGCAUUUGCCUCUCUAUACAUAUGUUGUAUUUGGUAUUCUUCUAAAGUACGCAGAAGAACAAAUUGUGAUCGCAUUUGCCUCUUUA